AAUGUUAGUUGACCUAACGUAACCCUACCAGUGCUAGCUAGCUAACGUCAAUGAUCUCUCGAUAAGGGUUAAAGAAACUGGUGCACAAAUGAAGAUUUUCCAAGAGUAGGCCUACCUGAGAUUCAACAUGAACAGUACGCAUAGUCCUGUCCGUGGAGUUCACAGAACACCUGAACGAGUUAAUAUGGAAUGUAGUUACCAGUCCUUCUCUAUGGACAGAGAAAGGGAGGUUCCUCAGAAACUCACUCCAUCACCUAGCAAAACAUCCACACAGGCUGGGUCCUCUGGAGCAUACCUCUGUGCCAGAGCAAACAGUGCAGGUGAUAGUAAUAAGACAACUAACAGCAGUGGCCAGCGGAUAGAGGAGCUAGAGAAGUUAAUAAGCAGGUUAAACAAUGCCAUGCUGACACUUGAGGAAGACAACUUGAAAUUGCAUAAGAGGUUACGAGUAGGCAAACUUGAAAUGAGUGACCCGGAGGCAACACCGGAUGAUCAAAGUUCAAAUGGCAGUUUCAGAGACAAGGGGGCAUUUUCCUCUGAGAAAACUGAUAGAGAUUCGAAUACAACUGUGUCGCAAGAAGACACACACACUCAGUUGAGAACAGAGAACAACAGCUUGAAGAAAAAGCUGAAGGAGGCCGAGAAGAGCUGCAAACAGUGCGCCCGCGACCUUCAGAGGCUCCUGCAGAAGUACGAGGAUCUCAAAGGCCAGAAUGACAUCCUUGAGCAGCACAACAAGCAGCUAGCCACCGAGAAAAAAUCUCUUGAAGAGAAACUGGGCAGCCGAAGAAGCGAGAAGAUCCAAGAUGAGAAGUUGGAACCGUUACGGGCCAGCGAGAAAGCUGGCACCAGGGUGGGUGGCCAGACUGGGGGUUGCCGCAGGCUCUCCUUCGAGGACGAGAAGUUCACCACAACUGCCAGCUUCUCCAUGAGCAGUCUCGCCACAGGCCAGCAUGAGGAGUCAGAGGCUGCACCUGAGGCCCUAGCCCGUCUGAAGGAGGAGAACCGGCUGCUGAAGGAGGAGUUGAGGCGGAGCACCGAGAGGGGCACCCACGCAGAGGAGAGUGCCCAGGCACUGCAGGAGGAGCAGGCCAUCCUGGAGAGCUGCCUUCGGACAGUGCAGCAGGAGAAGAACCUGCUCCAGCAGGAGGUCAAAGCUCUGCACCAGGACUACAUCAACCUCAGUGACAGCAUCACACUCCAGCUCAGAGAGCGAGUGCAGGUAGACGACAGAGCCCCAGAAGCCCGUGGAUCUGGUAGUCCUGCUCGCAACCGUGCCCCAGAUGCUUUUACACAGAGUAACAGCCAUCGCACUGAGCUGAAAGAGAACGGUCCUAGAGCUCAUAGAUCCACUGGCUCGGUAACAGAAAAAGCCCCUUCCAUGAGACGGUGCACUAGCAGUGACAGCAUCAGCCUCCAGCUUAAAGACAGGGUGUCUGGAGUGUGUAGGUCUGCUGGCUCUACACCUGACAAGGCCCAUGAUGACCACAAGAGAACCGGCAGAGAGGAAACUAAACUAUCCACCGAGGGGAGCCCAAUGCAGACCGUCGUCAAACAAGGCCAUAUAGAUAAAGACACAAUCGAAAGGAUCAGGAUCCGAUUUGAGGAAAAAGAGUUGGAGAGAGCCCAGAGACUCAAAAGCCAAUAAUUACAGUCACAUUGCAUCAGAGAGGCUUGUUUCCUCUUGUUUAUUUUGUGUCAAGUGUCAAGCCAUCUCCCCCUUACCCUGCCCUGUCCUACAGGAAUUUGUAGAAUAGGCAGGGGGAAAGAUUUAUUUUUAGGAAAAUAGUAAAACUUUGUAAUUCAGGAUGAUUUUAAACAUGAAAUAAUUUGUCCUUUCAGCAGUGUUAUGCCUUAAAUGUGUGUGUGUCUGUGUAUGUUAUUCUUUGGCUAUUCAAAUAAAAUUCCGAAAAAUCUGAUUCCACAGAUAAGUCUAUUCUCUCGUGGCAGUAGC